AUUUCUCCGCCGGCUGCGGGAACCGGUUCCAGGAGCGCGGGAGCUCGUCUGCCAGGAGACCCAGCCGGGAGGGACCGAUGCUGCGUGAUGCAGCCCCUUCGCGGGACCGAGUCAAGAAAGCAAGGCUGGGGGUCUCUUGGAGUCGGGCGGAGCUGCGGAUUAGGACUCGGGGCUUGUGUCUACCAGGCGUGUUUUUUUUUGUUUUGUUGUUUUGCCGCAGCAUCUUCCCUCCUUAUGUUGGUUGGGGUAGGGGCGGGGGGAGGGUCUGUAUUUCCAGACCUCCUUACCAUGGUGGGCUGUGUGGAGGGCGGGGCGCAGUUCCUUGACUUGGCUCAUUCCCCCCCACCCCCCACCCUUUUUUUUUUUUUGAGAUGGAGUCUCGCUCUGUUGCCCAGGCUGGAGUGCAGUGGCGUGAUCUCGGCUCACUGCAACCUCCGUCUCCCGGGUUCAAGCGAAUCUGCUGCCUCAGCCUCCAGAGUAGCUGGGACUACAGGCGCCCACCACCACGCCCGGCUAAUUUUUGUAUUUUUAGUAGAGACAGGGUUUCACCAUAUUGGCCAGGCUGGUCUCGAACUCCUGACCUUGUGAUCCGCCCGCCUCGGCCUCCUAAAGCGCUGGGAUUACAGGGCGUGAGCCACGGCGCCUGGCAGGCUCCUUCCCUUUUUAUGGCUUCGUUUUUGAUAGAUGACGUGGUGGAUGGGAGAAAUGCUGCAGAGGUGGUUUAUUUACAGUGAAUUGUUAAUUUGGGUGUGGGGCUAGUAUUAGGGGCACAUUGGGAAAACGCAGGCUGGGCAGAGGUCGGUAGGUUCACAACAGUUAUGCCCACUGGGUGCUGAUGGAUUUGGGGGCUGUCGUCGGCCUGGCUUGGGGCCCUAGUGGUGGGGCUACAAGGCUUGCUCCUAGACCUACUGCAAGUGAACGUUUAAGAUCAGUGACUUGGAUGGAGACUUAAAAAGGAAGUCAGCCGACUCCUUGUAGUCAUCCAGAGCUGUGAGGAAUGACAAGUGCACAGUAUAAAGUCAAGAUUCUAAUUGAAGGCCUCCACCAUGGACAGAGGCCAGGCCCUGCCCCUCCAAGGCAGCCUGGCUCCUUCUGCUGGGCCCUGAAGGCGGACCGGAUAAUGUGGUUGGCCAAGGCCUGUUGGUCCAUCCAGAGUGAGAUGCCCUGUAUCCAAGCCCAAUAUGGGACACCAGCACCGAGUCCAGGACCCCGUGACCACCUGGCAAGCGACCCCCUGACCCCGGAGUUUAUCAAGCCCACCAUGGACCUGGCCAGCCCCGAGGCGGCCCCCGCUGCCCCCACUGCCCUACCCAGCUUCAGCACCUUCAUGGACGGCUACACAGGAGAGUUUGACACCUUCCUCUACCAGCUGCCGGGAACAGUCCAGCCAUGCUCCUCAGCCUCCUCCUCGGCCUCCUCCACAUCCUCAUCCUCAGCCACCUCCCCCGCCUCUGCCUCCUUCAAGUUCGAGGACUUCCAGGUGUACGGCUGCUACCCCGGCCCCCUGAGUGGUCCAGUGGAUGAGGCCCUGUCCUCCAGUGGCUCUGACUACUAUGGCAGCCCCUGCUCAGUCCCGUCACCCUCCACGCCCAGCUUCCAGCCGCCCCAGCUCUCUCCCUGGGAUGGCUCAUUCAGCCACUUCUCGCCCAGCCAGACUUACGAAGGCCUGCGGGCAUGGACAGAGCAGCUGCCCAAAGCCUCUGGGCCCCCACAGCCUCCAGCCUUCUUUUCCUUCAGUCCUCCCACCGGUCCCAGCCCCAGCCUGGCCCAGAGCCCCCUGAAGUUGUUCCCCUCACAGGCCACCCACCAGCUGGGGGAGGGAGAGAGCUAUUCCAUGCCUACGGCCUUCCCAGGUUUGGCACCCACUUCUCCACACCUUGAGGGCUCGGGGAUACUGGAUGCACCCGUGACCUCAACCAAGGCCCGGAGCGGGGCCCCAGGUGGAAGUGAAGGCCGCUGUGCUGUGUGUGGGGACAACGCGUCGUGCCAGCAUUAUGGCGUCCGCACCUGCGAGGGCUGCAAGGGCUUCUUCAAGCGCACAGUGCAGAAAAACGCCAAGUACAUCUGCCUGGCUAACAAGGACUGCCCUGUGGACAAGAGGCGGCGAAACCGCUGCCAGUUCUGCCGCUUCCAGAAGUGCCUGGCGGUGGGCAUGGUGAAGGAAGUUGUCCGAACAGACAGCCUGAAGGGGCGGCGGGGCCGGCUACCUUCAAAACCCAAGCAGCCCCCAGAUGCCUCCCCUGCCAAUCUCCUCACUUCCCUGGUCCGUGCACACCUGGACUCAGGGCCCAGCACUGCCAAACUGGACUACUCCAAGUUCCAGGAGCUAGUGCUGCCCCGCUUUGGGAAGGAAGAUGCUGGGGAUGUACAGCAGUUCUACGACCUACUCUCCGGUUCUCUGGAGGUCAUCCGCAAGUGGGCGGAGAAGAUCCCUGGCUUUGCUGAGCUGUCACCAGCUGACCAGGACCUGUUGCUGGAGUCGGCCUUCCUGGAGCUCUUCAUCCUCCGCCUGGCGUACAGGUCUAAGCCAGGCGAGGGCAAGCUCAUCUUCUGCUCAGGCCUGGUGCUACACCGGCUGCAGUGUGCCCGUGGCUUCGGCGACUGGAUUGACAGCAUCCUGGCCUUCUCAAGGUCCCUGCACAGCUUGGUUGUCGAUGUCCCUGCCUUCGCCUGCCUCUCUGCCCUUGUCCUCAUCACCGACCGGCAUGGGCUGCAGGAGCCGCGGCGGGUGGAGGAGCUGCAGAACCGCAUCGCCAGCUGCCUGAAAGAGCACGUGGCAGCUGUGGCGGGCGAGCCCCAGCCGGCCAGCUGCCUGUCACGUCUGUUGGGCAAACUGCCCGAGCUGCGGACCCUGUGCACCCAGGGCCUGCAGCGCAUCUUCUACCUCAAGCUGGAGGACUUGGUGCCCCCUCCACCCAUCAUUGACAAGAUCUUCAUGGACACGCUGCCCUUCUGACCCCCGCCUGGGAACACGUGUGCACAUGUGCACUCUCAUAUGCCACCCCACGUGCCUUUAGUCCACGGACCCCCAGAGCACCCCAAGCCUGGGCUUGAGCUGCAGAAUGACUCCACCUUCUCACCUGCUCCAGGAGGUUGGCAGGGAGCUCAAGCCCUUGGGGAGGGGGAUGCCUUCAUGGGGGUGACCCCACGAUUUGUCUUAUCCCCCCAGCCUGGCCCCGGCCUUUAUGUUUUUUUGUAAGAUAAACCGUUUUUAACACAUAGCGCCGUGCUGUAAAUAAGCCCAGUGCUGCUGUAAAUACAGGAAGAAAGAGCUUGAGGUGGGAGCAGGGUUGGGAGGAAGGGAUGGGCCCCACCUGCCUGGGCAGCCUUUCCAGCCUCCUGCUGGCUCUCUCUUCCUACCCUCCUUCCACAUGUACAUAAACUGUCACUCUAGGAAGAAGACAAAUGACAGAUUCUGACAUUUAUAUUUGUGUAUUCUCCUGGAUUUAUAGUUUGUGACUUUUCUGAUUAAUAUAUUUAAUAUAUUGAAUAAAAAAUAGACAUGUAGCUGGAA